AUUGGAAGUGAUGGUAGUUUUAGGGUGCUUCUACUUUAGAAACAUUCUAAUAUUGCUGGUACUCCUAACUCCUUUAAAUGAACUCAAACAAAUUUCCCCAAUUCUGAAUUACACUUAACAAAUACUCGCACCAUAUUCUAAUCUAAAAUACAAACAACACAUAAUCUCAGGUGACGCAAUGAAUUAGGGUUUCUGAUUUGGAAUAAAUUUCCUUUGAUUUAAUUUCUGGGAUUCAAAUUGGGGAAGAUCAUAAUUCUAUCGAAGAUAAUAUUUCCAAAAUUAAUUAUAUGCUUUGCAAAUUCACUGAACAAUAUAGCAAAGGAUGAGCGGAAACGAGUUCAGAUUCUUCUUAUCUUGCGAUAUUAAUCUUCCUGUUACCUUCAGAAUUGAUCGUUUGGAAGGUACUUUGCCCCCUCUCAAAUCAUCAACAUCAGCUGCUGUAGACACUGGUUAUGCAGCUGAGGAGAGGAGGGGAGAGCUUUUUGUCGAAUGUGCCUUGUACGUCGAUGGUGCUCCUUUUGGACUUCCUAUGAGAACCAGGGUGGAAUCUGGACAAUCUUUUUGCUGGAGUGAGCUAAUUACAUUGAGUACUAAAUAUCGAGACCUCACUGCUCACUCGCAACUUUCUUUCACGGUAUGGGAUGUUUCCUGUUGCAAAGAGGAAGGGCUUAUAGGUGGAGCAACCAUUCUUCUUUUUAACAGCAAGAAGCAACUUAGAACUGGGAAGCAAAAACUUAGGCUCUGGCUGGGGAAAGAAGCUGACGGAGCAUUUCCUUCUUCCACACCUGGAAAGGUUAUCGAUUUUAUUCUGGUACCAAGGCAUGAGCGGGGAGAGUUGGAGCGCCUGGAGAAACUUAUGAAUAAAUAUGAAAGGGGACAAAUUCCACGUGUUGAUUGGCUUGAUCGGCUCACAUUUAAAGCAAUGGAGAAGAUCAAGGAUCGUGAAAGUUGUGGAAGCAAGAGUUCCCAGUUAUAUAUUGUUGUUGAUUUUUGCAGUUUUGAGCAUCAGGUUGUGUUCCAGGAAUCUGGGCCAAAUGUGUUUUUACCAUCCCCAAUUGGUGCAAAUGAAUUUGUUACUGUGUGGGAUCCCGAAGUGGGAAAGAUAAAUCCUUCUGAACACAAGCAAAUAAAACUUGCUAGGAGCUUAACUCGUGGUAUUAUUGAUCGAGAUCUGAAACCAAGCUCUAUUGAAAGGAAAGCGAUACAAAGGAUAUUAAAAUACCCACCAACAAGGACUCUUAGUGGAGAUGAAAAGCAGCUUCUGUGGAAAUUUCGUUUCUCACUGAUGUCAGAGAAGAAAGCUCUCACAAAGUUUCUUAGGUGUGUUGAAUGGAGUGAUUUACAGGAAGCGAAGCAGACAGUUGAACUGAUGGGAAGAUGGGAGAUGAUAGAUGUCUGUGAUGCACUAGAGCUGCUGUCUCCUGUAUUUGAAAGUGAAGAGGUUCGUGCUUAUGCUGUGAGUGUUCUUGAAAGAGCUGAUGAUGAUGAACUGCAGUGUUACCUUCUUCAGUUAGUCCAGGCCCUUCGUUUUGAGCGCUCAGAUAGAUCACACCUUUCUCAAUUCCUUGUGCAGCGCUCCCUGCGAAAUAUUGAGUUGGCUAGUUUUCUUCGCUGGUAUGUGGCUGUGGAACUACAUGAUCCUGCAUAUGCAAAGCGCUUUUAUUGUACUCACGAAAUGCUGGAAGAGAAUAUGAAGCUAUCAACUGCUGAUACUGGAGGAGAGGAUGGAUUCAAGUUGUGGCAAAGUUUGGUUCGUGAAACAGAAUUGACAGCUCAGCUGGGUUCUAUAAUGAGGGAUGUUCGGAAUGUGCGUGGUAGUACACAAAAGAAAAUGCAAAAGCUUAGACAGCUUCUUUCAGGUCUUCUUUGUGAGCUUGCCUAUUUUGAUGAGCCAAUACGAUCUCCAUUGCAUCCCAAAGUGCUCAUUACCGGGAUUUUGCCAAAUGAGUGUGGAUUAUUUAAAAGUCAGUUGCAUCCGUUACGUCUGACUUUCCGAACAUCUAGCGGAGAAAGCUGUAAAAUUAUAUUUAAGAAGGGAGAUGAUAUGCGGCAAGACCAAUUGGUGAUUCAAAUGGUCUCUCUCAUGGAUCGAUUGCUUAAAUUGGAGAAUCUCGACCUCCACCUUACUCCAUAUAGAGUCUUAGCAACUGGGCAAGAUGAAGGCAUGAUGGAAUUUAUACCAUCGCGUUCAUUAGCUCAGAUUCUUUCGGAACAUCGCAGUAUCAUUGGUUUUCUGCAGAAAUUUCAUCCUGAUGAAGAGGGACCAUUUGGAAUAACUGCUACCUGUCUUGAAACGUUUAUUAAGAGUUGUGCUGGUUAUUCUGUUAUCACAUACAUCCUUGGUGUCGGAGAUAGGCAUCUAGAUAAUCUUCUCUUGAGAGAUGAUGGACGACUCUUUCACGUAGAUUUUGGCUUCAUAUUAGGUCGAGACCCUAAACCAUUUCCACCACCAAUGAAACUUUGUAAAGAAAUGGUUGAGGCAAUGGGUGGAGCUGAAAGUCAAUACUACACAAGAUUCAAGCAAUACUGCUGUGAAGCGUAUAAUAUUCUUCGCAAAUCCAGCAACUUAAUUUUGAAUUUGUUCCAUUUGAUGGCGGGUUCUAAUAUUCCUGACAUUGCCUCGGAUCCUGAAAAGGGUAUUCUUAAGCUGCAAGAGAAGUUCCGGUUGGACCUGGAUGAUGAAGCCAGCAUACACUUUUUCCAAGAUCUCAUCAAUGACAGUGUUAGUGCCUUGUUCCCACAAAUGGUUGAGACGAUUCAUAGAUGGGCUCAGUAUUGGCGUUGAUCUGUGUAUUGAUUGUGAGGCUAACAACAUCAAUGCAGAUGCUAGAUAUCGGAUUCAUGCAAGAAUUUCCAUCCUCUUCAUAUGGUAGAUGGGAUGCCAAGACAAGGAAUGGAGGUAAAUUUGUUCAUAAUUGUGCAUUUACAACAGGUGUUUUUAUUCUUAUUUCCCACCUUUUUUUUCCCUCUCUUCAUCUGCUUGUUCAUCAUUUGUACAGUUUAGCAUAGCUGAAUAGUUUGCUAAUAUUAUUAGAAUGUAAAGAAAAUCUUUGGUUCCAUGUAAAGCUAAUGAAAAAAACAUUUUAAUCUUUCUGUCAUGUGUAAAUGUAUAAGAUCUUUUGGUGCUGUGAAGUUUAUGAAAUUUUUUACUCCGUACUCUUCAUAGAUUGAAGAUUGAUGUAUAUAAACGAGUGGAGACUCAACUAUUUGAGACUAACCAUCUGUAACAUUAUUGAAGUUUUGGCAUCUACUCCAA